AUGUCUGUGGCUACUAUGCAGCGCGAGACGGCCUUCCAGGUCCGGUCCUUGUUCCGCUCUCUGCUGCGCCAGUCCUCCCAGUUCUCCAACUAUAACUUCCGCGACUACGCUCGCCGCAAGACGCGGGACUCGUUCCGCGAGCACAAAGGCGAAACAGAGGAGCGUCGGAUACAAGAGCUGAUCCAAGAUGGUCUGCAGAACCUGCGUCUGUUGAAGCGGCAAACCAUCAUCAGCCAGUUCUAUCAAAUGGAUAAGCUGGUUGUGGAGGGACAGAAGACUGGAAAGGAAACAGGGGACAGCGGGGACAUUGUCCGCCAAAAGGACACCGGAGCCUCACGUUCAGGGCGACACCUUGACACCUCCAAUCGAUCGCGCACCGGCCAAAUUGACCACGAUGUCUUUGAAGGUAUUCCCGUACGGCGAUGGUCGCGCCAGCCUCAUCUGGUCUCGCAGGUCCCCAAAGUCGACGAAUCCGAGCAAGGAGAUGUUGCUGGUGGGAAAAAUGCACUGCCGGAGCUGCCAAUGCCACGAGACAGCCAGCUUCUACCAGCGAUGAGUCGUGCGCUCUUGCGCGCCGCACGGGCGGGCUGUAUCUACAUCCGGCCAACUGGACGAGCAUCCGAGGACGAGAAGAAGGAGACUGCCGAUGGGAGGAGCAGGUUGCGACAGUACAUCUUUCAGAUCGCAGCUUCACAAGUCGGAAGUGGUCGUCUCUCCCAAAACACUUGGAACCCCCCGAGUGCGGAAGGCGGUUCAAUGCCGGGUCCCAUGAGAAAGACAAAGAUCAAGAGGACGGACCCGGAGACAGGCAACAUAUCCAUCUAUGAGGUGUGGGUGCCAGAGGGGCAUCGCAUCGAGGGCGAGAUCACCGUUGAUGUGCAGACAAUUGCGGAGCAAAGCGCCGUUCCCGUCACGGCGGAAACGCCUGCUCCAGGAACUGUUGUGGAGGGCGUCGGGGUUGUCAAUGCAGAAGGUGUCGUCGUGGCGGAGGCCGGCUCGGCUUCAGUGAUGACUCCGCCAAAACGUCGACCUCCCCCUCCCAAACGUAAGGGACGAGGCAUUGGUAAGGGUCGCAAGAAGAAGGUCAUGUUUGCACCCGGAGAAGGUGCCGAUGCCGCCACCGUACAUGGCGUUCCUCCGGUUGACGCCACGGUUGCAGGUGUCAAGGCGGCGGAGGAUACCUCGCGCACGUCGGUGGACCCGUCCGUCCAGGAUGAAGAUGAGGAAGGUGAAGAAGGUGAAGACAGCGACGAAGGAGACGAGUCGAUGCUUGAUGCAAAGACACCAGAGACACCGCAGGCCCCACCUGGCGUCGACACUGAGAUCUCUGAAUAUCCCGCGCCGAUAUCUGGCGAACCAGCAAAUGAUGUUGAGAUGAGAGACGCGACCGCGGACAUUGAGACACCUGGUCCUGAUCCAAUCGUUGGAGAAGGGACUGUCAAGCAGCAGGUAGACAUCACUUCUGUCGCGCCAACAGAAACCCCUCAGCCGGACAGGAAUGCUUCUGCAGUGCCCCCAACAUCUCCCCCCUCAAAUCCCUCCGCUGCAGAGACUAGGUCGGAGAACAAAUCUCCGGAUCAAGGUCCGCUUCCAACGUCGCCCGCGCCUGCAGAGUCUGGCGCGGCCGAUGGUCCAUCGCUAAAUGAACCAAGUCCCAAACAAGAGCCGAAAGGUUCUGAGCCACCUGCUGAUGAGAAACUGCCUUCUAAGAGCAUCGAGACUGCACAAAUUCAGGUCAAGACAGAGUCUACACCACAGCCUGUAGCGGCUGAUGAUUCAGCCCUGAAAUCAGCCAGCCCGGCGAGGCCCGAGGAGAAUCAAGCAGAGCGUCGCUUACAAUCAGAACCAGAUCAGCAAUUGCACGAGGUGCCAUCAGCAGAUACCGAGGCAGCGCCCACGGAGCCAAGCCACUCAAAAAUGCAAGAUUCCCCGAUCGAAGCCGAGUCAACACCGGUCCCAGAGAUUGAACAAUCUUCAGAGGCUGUAGACGUCUCUGAUGUGCCCCCUGUUGAAGCUGAGGCCUCUGCCGAUGUUGAGAUGAGCGACGCAGCUCAGGAAGAGGAGCCUGUCACAGCAGAGCCCGUCCCCAAACCACCUUCACCCCUGCCAGCUAUGCCAGGUGAGCUCAAGUCGGAGCCAGAACAGGAGGCUGAGCCGAAACCUCAGUCCCCACCACAGGUUGACCAGAUUCCAGCACGGUCAACGGAAUCCCCUGCGCUAGAAACGGGUACACCUGAAGUACCUGAGCCUACUGCACCCGAAACCACAUCUGUCCCAGAGAUCAAAUCGGAGGAAGCACUUCCACCCGAUGGAACAUCGGCUGUGGACGACAACACGACAGUCCAGUCUGAUUCAACACCUACUCUUCCGCCGGCGCCAGUGGAUGAGCUCGCGUCUGCAGACCAGACGGCCGGAGAGCAAACAACUACACAAACCACAAAGGAGGAGACAGGAUCCGCUUCCGGGUCGCCUACUCAGUCAUAA